CCCCAUCCGCCGCCAUGAUCUGUCUGGUGCUGACCAUCUUUGCUAACCUCUUCCCCUCAGCCUACAGCGGCGUGAACGAGCGCACGUUCUUGGCAGUGAAGCCCGACGGCGUGCAGCGGCGGCUGGUGGGCGAGAUCGUGCGUCGCUUUGAGAGGAAGGGCUUCAAGCUGGUGGCACUGAAGCUAGUGCAGGCCUCCGAAGAGCUACUGCGGGAGCAUUAUGUCGAGCUGCGCGAGAAACCCUUCUACAGCCGACUGGUUAAAUACAUGAGUUCUGGCCCCGUGGUGGCCAUGGUGUGGCAAGGGCUGGAUGUCGUGCAUGCUUCGCGAGCCCUCAUAGGGGCCACUGACCCAGGGGACGCCAUGCCCGGUACGAUCCGUGGGGAUUUCUGCAUGGAGGUUGGCAAGAAUGUAAUUCAUGGCAGCGACUCGGUGGAAAGUGCUCACAGAGAAAUCGCUCUUUGGUUCCGUGAGGCCGAGCUUCUGUGCUGGGAGGACAGCGCCGGACAUUGGCUAUAUGAGUAGAUGUUAUUGCAGUCAGCAUUACCAAUCUGGAGGUUGUUGGUCUUCUGUGAUCUUCACAGAGCUCAGCAUCAGUAACAGUGCUGUGUGAGUGCAGGUCAACCCAACCUAGUCGGUCCAGGGACAACCACUCCCACCCCUUGUUGCCUUUCAUAAUAAAACUGCAGAAAACCCUUGUGCGCUGGUGAAGUUUCAAGACAAAA